AAAACCAUAAUGCCACAGAAUAGAACUGAAAAAAUGUUUGUCUUUCAUGUAAAAUUUUUAAAACGUGAAGUCCUUCUUGUAGAAUUUCCCUAAUUUUAAUUUAAUAUUUCUACAUUAAGUUAUCUUAUCCAACAACUCGAAACCUUCGUUAGUUUUUACCUUUAUCUUUUACGAGAACCUUUUUCAAGUGUUAUACCUUAACCAACACAAAACUAUAAAUAAAAUUGACUUGUUGAAACUCUAUUAGUCUCCAAAACAACUCCGAUUGUUCACUCAUCCAAUAACCACCAUGUCGGACUCUUUUUCACCACCACCGCCGCCGGAAUUCCCGCCGGUAGAUCCAACCACCUUCGACCUAACAAUAAUCGGCACCGGACUUUCUCAAUCCAUCAUCGCCGCCGCCGCCUCCACCGCCGGAAAAUCCGUCCUCCAUCUCGACCCCAACCCCUUCUAUGGCUCCCAUUUCUCCUCUCUCUCUCCUCCCGAACUCUCCUCUCACCUUCUCUCUCCUCCCCUUCAACCUCAAACUCCUCCCAUUUCGGAAGAAUACGACGUCGUUUCUCUCUCCUCAAAGUCUCUGUACUCCGAUGUUGAGAUCCCUCCUUUUCCGGCGGAAUUGGGUGAUUGUAUUCGUAGAUUUUGUUUCGAUGUUUCGGGUCCUAGGGUUUUAUUUUGUGCUGAUUCCGCCAUUGAUUUGUUGUUGAAAUCUGGGGUCAAUAAUUAUUUGGAAUUCAAGGGUGUUGAUGCUAGUUUGAUCUAUGAUGGUGAGAAGAAGGGGUUUUCGAGUGUUCCGGGUUCGAGGGCUGCCAUUUUUAAGGAUAAGAGCUUGAGUUUGAUCGAGAAGCGAACAUUAAUGGAGUUUUUUAAGCUUGUUCAGAAGCAUAUGGGUGGGGAGAGUGAAGAUGUUAUUUCUGAGGAGGAUUUGGAGAGUCCUUUUAUUGAUUUCUUGAAUAAGUUUCGGUUGAAUAACAAUCCUUUGAAUCAGAAGAUUAAAUGGAUUAUCUUGUACGCCAUAGCACUUGCAGAUUACGACCAAGAAAAUUUAGAAGUCUGCAAAGAUCUGCUCAAGACAAAGGAUGGGAUUAAUCGUUUGGCUCUGUAUCACUCGUCGAUUGGAAGAUUCCCAAAUGCCCCAGGUGCUAUGUUAUAUCCUAUGUAUGGCCAAGGAGAGUUGCCACAAGCUUUCUGCCGUCGUGCUGCUGUCAAAGGAUGCAUAUAUGUACUGAGAAUGCCAGUAACAGCUUUGCUUGCAGAUAAGGGUAGUGGUCUUUAUAAAGGUGUUAGAUUGGCUUCUGGUCAGGAUAUCUUGAGUCAGCAAUUGCUUAUUGACCCACAAUUUGUAGUUCCUCAAGCUUUGACUUUGUCUAAGCCGGAUGGUUUACAAGGAAGUUCUCAAAAUUUCAUCCCAAGAGGUAUAAAAAAGGUGGCUAGGGGAAUAUGUAUUACUAGAACAUCAUUGAAGUCGGAUGCUUCAAACCUUGCAAUAGUAUAUCCUCCCAGAUCUUUGUACGCUGAGCAGGCAACAUCUGUUCGGGUUCUCCAACUGGGCAGCAAUUCAGCAGUGUGCCCCGUGGGCAUGUUUGUCUUGCACCUCUCUGCUUUGUGUGAUGAUGCCAGCCAAGGGAAGAAAAUUUUAAAUGCUGCAAUUAAUACUUUAUUCGAGCAACCUACAUCCGGAAGCUCCAAGUUAAAGGCUCCAGAAAUUCCUGAAGAUAAGUUAGUAGAUCAGAGUGCAGUUACAGAAGAGGAAAAACCAGCAUUGGUGUGGACUGCCUUAUAUGUCCAGGAAAUUACAGAGGAAUCAGUGUCUACUAUCAGCAGCAGUCCCUCUCCUGAUGGAAAUUUAAGUUAUAAUAACCUUAUUGACACUACAAAGAAGAUGUUUGAACAAAUGUUCAAUGGCGAAGAAUAUUUCCCAGAAGAAGCCUCUCCUGAGGAUCCUGACAACGUCGAAGACCUUGGUCCUGAAUAGUGGAUAACCAUAUGAGAAAACUAAACACAGUUGUUAAAGUGCAUGACUAAAGGAAUUUUAUUGUUUAUGAAUUAUAAGGAAAUUUGCUUGACCACAUUGUUCAAACCAUUCCCAUAUUCUACCAAUUCUGGUGUGUUGUCAUCUUAAUAUACUUUGCGCUAUUGCCAGGAAGAACAGUGGAACACUAUGAUGUUGGCUUUGAAGUUCAAAAUCAUUAAUGACAUACCAAGGAGUAAUCUUUUAGCUUUGUAAAGAGAGAAAAGCUCAAGUAUCAAGCAACCGUAGUUACCCACAUCAUUCAUGUUUUCCGGCGACUUCUUCUCCGGCCAGGGAAUUGCUAGUUUACCCUCUUCUAUGGCUAGGGAAUUGCUAGUUUAGUACUCCGUAGUUUUUUCUUAUUUAAUUUUUAUAGACUUUUUAUUUACUUACUUAUUUAUUUUGAGUUAAUAAUUCAUAAUGUUAAUUUCAA